AAUUGAAAAAAAAUGAAUCCAUUAAUCGGUUUUUUUUUUGUUAUGUGGCUGGAUAACAAACAACAAACAACAAACACAUCACAAAUAUCCAUUAGCUGUUUCUUCUUCUGUGUUUUGUGUGAUCGGUCCAUUUCACAGUGUAUUUUUUUUUUUUGUUGUUCCCGUAAAGUUUCCCAGAAAAUGAAUGUUCGAUGAGGAUCUUUUUUUGUUGUUUUUUGAUUUUUGAUUCUUCGUUAUCCAUCGGAUUGUAAACAAACCAAUGUUAUUUUUAAACUGCUGCCAUUAUUAUUUCCGUAUUUUGUUGAAUCAAAUUUAUUGAUUUUUUAAAAAUCAUUUGAUGAUCAGAGUGAACGAAGAUAAACAAAAAAACAUGACAUCAUCAUAAGAAAUAUAGCCUGUCAUUAUUAUCCAUGAUCAUCAUUCCAGAAGAGCCAAACAGAGUCUUAUCAUUUGUUUAUAAACUUGAAAAAACUGAAAUAAUGGAACCAAAGAAAAAAGAAAAUGUCAUUCUAACAGGAUUCGGCCUAUUUCGUGCGUAUAAAAUAAAUCCAUCAUGGGAAGCUGUACAAUUAAUUGAUGAAUGUCAAUUUGGUUCGAAUAUUGAAAUAAUUAAAAUACAAAUUCCGGUUGCUUAUAAUGAAGUUGAACGAAUAGUUGAAGAAAUUUGGACAAAAUAUCAACCAAAAUUAGUUAUACAUUGUGGUGUAUCUUGUGUAGCACGUUGUCUACAUUUGGAAAAACGUGCAGUUACCAAUAAAGAACGUUAUUGUCAACCGGAUAUUUUUUCAUGUUUACCAAAACGUUGUUCAAAUAAUGAUCCAUUAAAACCUGAUUAUAUUUAUACUGAUUUGAAUUUGGAAACAAUUCGUGAUGAAAUCAAUCAACAUUAUUAUGAUGGAAAUAUUGAAAUUCCAGCUAAAAUAUCUGAUUGUGCGGGUGAAUUUCUUUGUGAAUAUAUUUAUCAUUGUUCAUUACAAUAUGAUUGUCGACGAACAUUAUUUAUUCAUGUACCGGAUAUUAAUCAAGAAUUAUCUAUCAAAGAUUUGUCGAAAUGUAUUGAAUUAGUUAUUCAUUCGGCAUUAAAACAAUUACCACCGUUUAUUCAUCAACAAACAAAAACAACCAAUUAAUAAUUCAAUUACAAAUGAA